AUGGGUGUCCAUCAGUACGGUGAUCACCACGACAUCCCCGCCGAGCACAAAAUCGUCAAAGCUGGCGCAUGGUAUGUCCUGGGCAAACGUGCUCCAACUCUUCUACUUCUUCUAACACUUGAACAGGCUUCCCGCGGAUUCCCGUAUCCAUCGAGAAUGGCUCGGUCGUCAGGUCGAACAUGCCGACAAGAACCCCAAAGAUCUCCUUCCCAUCCUGAAGGAGUUUAAAGAGUUCAUUGAAGGAAACACCAGAAUCUACAUGCUCUUCGUCCAAAUGUUUGAGGAAGUCCCCGUCAAACACCCUUACAACAAGGAUCCAACCGGCCGCAAGCAAGUCCGUGACUACCACCAUCUCCUGCAAAUACUCAACCAUACCUUCACAACUGCUCCACAAUGGACAGAUGCGGCAGCCAAUGUUGGAAUGGUGGGAGUCCCGAUGUGUGCAAUCCUGGACUACCCCAUGGGAACUCCAUCCGGUUACGCUGCUUUUCUUGACCCGGAUGUCAACCGUAUGCUCAAGAAAGUGCUCAACGAAUGGGGAAAGUUCCUGCAGUCACCAAAGAGCGCUGAGGUGCUGAACGAGCACAAGCAAGGCUGGUUCGGCGAAGUCGGCCAGAAGGACAUCAUGACCGUCGCCAACGCCCCUUACAAGACGUCUUACAAAUUCGAGGAUUUCUUCCACUGUGAUCCUUCCGCGAAGCACUACGGCUACAAAUCCUGGGACGACUUCUUCACGCGUCAUUUCAAGGACGAGGUGCGACCUGUGGCCUCUCCGGACGACGAUAACGUCAUUGCCAACGCAUGCGAGAGUAAGGUCUUCAACGUCGCGCACAACGUCAAGCUGCGGGACAAGUUCUGGAUCAAGGGACAGCCAUACUCUAUCAGGGACAUGCUCGCGCACCACGAGCUCGCGGAGAACUUUGCGGGUGGAACAGUCUACCAAGCUUUCCUUUCUGCGCUCUCCUACCACCGAUGGCAUGCCCCAGUCAGCGGCAAAGUCAUCAAGGCAUUCGUGCAAGACGGAACUUACUUCUCCGAACCUCUCUUCGAAGGACUCGGCGAGCCCGGCGUGCAGGACAUCGAUGCGGGCGGUAUUUCCGUCGGCCAAGGAUAUCUCACUGCCCUUGCGACCCGAGCCAUCAUGUUCAUCGAAGCCGAUAACCCCGCUAUUGGUCUGAUGGCGUUUAUCGGUGUGGGUAUGGAUGAAGUCUCGACUUGCGAGAUUACCGUCAAGGAAGGGGACCAUAUCAAGAAGGGUCAAGAAACGGGAAUGUUCCACUUCGGCGGAAGUUCCCAUGUCCUGCUCUUCAGGAAGCAUGUCAAGGUCGAGGGCUUCCCGCAGCCAGGAAGGGCUGACAAUGUGCCGGUCAGGAGUCAGGUGGCUGUUGUGAAGCCGUAA